GGCGGGCUCUGACCCACAUGUGCGUAGCAUUUUGAUUGACAUGGCGGAGUCUCACAGUACUAGUUGCGCCGCGCCAGCAGACAGUCAAGACCCGACCCUGGGAAUAAAAAAACGCGCAGCCCCGUUUGAAGAUUAUUUUAUUGCAGCGAGGUAGGGCAGUUCAGUGAAUUUCUCCAUGAAUGUACGUCACAAUGAUGAUGACAGACCAGAUUCCACUGGACUUGGCUCCGCCCCCCCUCCUGAACGGGGAAGUCCCUCUCAUGCCUCACAUGGUUAACGGUGACGCAGCGCAGCAGGUGAUCCUGGUGCAAGUGAACCCGGGGGAGACGUUUACCAUCCGGGCAGAGGACGGCUCACUGCAAUGCAUCCAGGGUCCUGCUGAGGUUCCCAUGAUGUCCCCAAAUGGGUCAAUCCCCCCCAUCCAUGUACCCCCAGGAUACAUCUCACAGGUGCUAGAGGAUAACACAGGCGUCCGCCGUGUGGUGGUGACCCCCCAGUCUCCAGAAUGCUACCCUCCCUCCUACUCUCCGGCCCUCUCCCCCACACAUCACCUGCCCCCCUACCUGGCUCACCCUCACUUCAUCCCCAACUCUCACUCUUUCUACCCCCCUGUCAGCCCCGGGGAGCUGCCCCCCCACCAGUACUACCAGCACCACCUUCCCCCCAUGUACGGCGAUCCAGAAAUCAUCCCAGUUUAUGGGAUGUCUAACUACAUAGGUAGAGAGGAGACGUACAGUAAGCCACAGCCCAAAAAGAUAAAGGAACAGAGACAACUUGAGCGACAGAACCGACUUAACUCCCCUCCCUCCACUCUUUAUAAGGGCAGCCUGGGGCCAGCACACAACGGAUACAGCAACAAAUCACACGCCCCAUCACUUGGGUCAGUGGGAAUCAGCAGUCCUGGAGGAAAGAAGCCAGAGAGACGUCUCCGCAGCAGUCCACGAAACAGUGAACCAGAGACACACACACAAGAUCAUGAUUCAGAGGGGAAGCGUGUUCAAGACAUGCUUUCUGCAAUCGACAAACCACAGGUGUCCAAUGUCCAGGCACGGGCUGCACGACUGUCCUGGGGCCCCCCAGCAGGGCUGGUAAACAAGCAUAGUAACGGGAUGCCUGUGUCCUGCUCCUUCGAGGUCUCUCUCUCAGAUAAGGGACGAGACGGAAAGUAUCGCCUUAUAUACAGUGGCGAAGAACUGGAGUACCAUCUGAAAGACCUAAGACCAGCAACAGACUACCACGUACGGGUGUCUGCAAUGUACAACUCGGUUCGAGGCUUGUGUUCAGAGGCCGGCUCGUUCACCACACACUGCAGCAUCCCCGACGUCCCGUUAUCCCCGAAACUCUCCCACCGCACCAAGAGCACCCUCACACUACAGUGGAAGCCCCCGGGCGACAAUGGAUCCAAAAUCACAAACUACCUGCUCGAGUGGGAUGAGGGAAAGAAGAACAGUGUUUUCAGAGAAUGUUACUUUGGGAGCCAGAGACACUGUAAGCUGACACGACUGUACCCCGCCUGUGGCUACACAUUCAGAGUGGCUGCGCACAAUGACAUUGGCACAAGUGGCUUCAGCACAGAGGUGGUGUUUUAUACCAUGGGCACCCUGCCUGCUCUGCCUCUGGCACCACGGCUGGUCAGGGCGGGGGUGUCCUGGGUGACCCUGGAAUGGGGGCGUCCUGAGGGCAGUCCGAGUGAGGAGCAGCUCAAAUACACACUUGAGAUCCAGGAGGACAACAGCGGAACAGACUUUCAUCCAAAGUACACUGGAGAAAACUUGACCUGUACUGUACAAGGCCUGAAGAGGAGUACACAGUAUAAAUUCAGGCUCAUAGCAUCGAACAUGGAGGGAAAGAGCAGUCCCAGUGAAGUGUUGGUGUGCACCACCAAUCCAGACAAACCAGGCCCUCCAUCUACACCCUGUGUCACCGCAGCGACGCCCUACGGAUUUACCGUCACAUGGGAUCCUCCCCAGGACAAUGGGGGCUCAGAGGCUCUUACGUACCUGCUAGAGAUCUCAGAGGGAUGCUCUGAAGCAAGCCAGUGGGAGGUAGCGUACAGUGGUCCAGCAACAGAAUGUGCAUGUGAGCGCCUGACACCUGGGACCUUCUACCGCCUACGUGUGUGUAGCAUCACCACCGGAGGACACAGCCCGUGCACUGUUAGUGUUCCGGUGCGUACAUCAAGCGUCCCACCAGGGCUGUGCCAGCCGCCAAGGAUGGUGGGUAAAGCCAAACACAAGGAAGUGCAGUUAGAAUGGGACCCCCCUGUGUCUGAGGGAGUAUGUGAGGAGUGUGUGUUCAGCCUGGAGAUGAGUGAGGGGGACACCAAGCCAGCAGAGGUCUACCAUGGCUCAGAGCUGCAAUGCACCGUUGGUAGUCUGCUACCUGGUGCAACAUACAGCUUCCGACUGCGGGCUGCCAAUGAGGCUGGGUUCGGGGCGUUCUCUGAGCCAACAGAGGUGACGACUGCAGCGGGUCCUCCUGGCCAGUGCGUAGCGCCACUCAUCACUCUUACCAGUAACACCUGCGUAACGCUCAACUGGGAGAGUCCUGAGGGUUCGGGUACAGACAUCUCUGAGUACCAUUUGGAGUGGGCGAGGGAAGACGAAUCCAUGGAGCUCAUCUACUGUGGAUCUGCCACACAGUGUGAACUGUCAGACCUGACGCCUGCCACAGAUUACUGCUGCAGGCUACAGGCGGUGAAUCAGGCAGGUGCUGGUCCUUAUAGCGAGCAGGUGAGUUUCCGGACUCCAGCAACAAAUCCCGACCCUGUCUCCUCCCUUAUCCUCCUGGACCUCCCGACCUCUUCUGAGUCAGGUCACUCCCCGUCUACCUGCCUCCUGCUGAAGUGGGAUGAGCCAAACAGCAACGGGGCAGAGAUCACCUCCUACGUCAUCACCCUGGACGACCAAACCAUCACUGUGGAAUCAGGGACAAGUCACCUUGUCACAGACCUGCAGCCAGACAGCGAAUACAGUGUACAGAUCCAGGCAGUGAAUGCCAUCGGCUCCAGCCCCUUGAGUCCACCCCUGCUGGCGAGGACACACCCCCUCCCCCCAGCCCCGCCCCCUCUCGAAUGCUCGGCGGCUGGCCCUCAGAGCCUGAAGCUGAAGUGGGGCGAAAAUGCCAGCAACACGCACACUCGCGCCCUGCUUGCUGAUGACAUGGUCUACACACUACAGAUGGAGGACAAGAACCACAGGUUUGUGACCAUCUACCGUGGUCCCAGCCACACCUAUAAGGUCCAGCGAUUGACUGAGUCCAGCAGCUACAGCUUCAGAAUACAGGCCAUCAGUGAUGCUGGGGAGGGUCCUUUCUCUGACACACACACUUUCUGCACCACCAAGUCUGUACCCCCUGCCCUCAAAGCUCCCAGAGUGCACCAGCUGGAGGGGAACGUGUGUGAGAUCACAUGGGAGACUAUCCCACCAAUGAGAGGAGAUCCUGUGAGCUACGUGCUACAGGUGCUGGUGGGACGUGAGUCAGAAUACAAACAGGUUUUUAAGGGGGAGGAGGGCGUUUUCCAAAUCUCUGGUCUCCAGGGCAACACAGACUAUCGUUUCCGUGUGGGCGCCUGCCGCCGUUGCCAGGAUACGUGCCAGGAACUGUGCGGACCACUGAGCCCGUCCUCCUUGUUCACCCUGCGCCGCCUGGAGACGCCAUCAUCUGGAGAGCUGUGCGCCGUGGAAACGGGCAAAGGGGCGGGCCUGAUCUCCAGCGAUGAGCGCUUUGCUGCGCUUAUUGUGUGCGUGUUCGCGGGCUUCUCCAUCCUCAUCGCCUGCUUGCUACAGUACUUCUUCAUGAAGUGAGGGAAUUUUAACUAUAGGAUAGAAAGAGAAAGCAAAAUCACAGAGUCUAUGAAAGAACCGAAUGAAAUCAAAACAAACACUUGAGAUAUACUUCUAAGGCUAUAAAUGUUUUUUUUUUUUUUUUUUGGUCAAAGUAUCGAUUCUGGCUUUCCUCACCUUGUUCCUGUUGUCUUCUGUCUUCACUCAGUUUGGUCUCAUUUCUCUCUAUGUCUCUUUGUAUCAUUGUCUCAUUUGUUAAGGAUUUCUGUCGAGGGAACCCUUGUCUUAGCUGUACCUCGAUUGGGAAAGAAAACUGAUAAUCAAGCCUUAAAUAGCUGUGAGCAAAGCAGUUGCUCCUCAGACUGACUUGCAUGUUUUUAUUUUGUAUCUUUUUAAAACAUAUUCGAUUAGAGAACGUGUAUAUUUCUUGACUGUCAUUGCCUUACUUUUUUUUGUUUUUCAAUGUGUAAUUUUCUUUUUUUUUUUUUGCUGCAGUGUUUAUUCAUUUCAGCCAUAUUCCAAUGUAGGCCUUCAAAGCUUUAGCCAUUCAUACCUUAUUAUUCAGUUUGUUACUACUCUACAGGCUGUCGGUCAAUUCAUGCAAUCUGCACCUGCUCUCACACACAGACUGACAAAGACACAAUGCACACAUACAUGCACACACGUAUAAUUACACUCAUGCAAUGACAGUGAGAAACACACAUCCUCCAAUCACAUAUAUGCUCAGCUUUUAACAUUCAAUCACUCACUCAUUCAGUUACCAAAGUGAUGCAAUUCAUGUGUGGUGUAAGAUGCUGCUAUCCUGUGAUUUUAUUAUAUCUAAGAAAGAAUGGAAAACCAGUAAUCUAAUAUAUAUACACACAAUAUAUAUAUAAAAUAACAAAUAUCUAUGAUGCUAUAGAAGUGAUGUAAUAUAAGUGAUGGCAAUGUAAGGUCUGAACUAGAGUGUGAAAGGGGAGGAGUCGACUCUAGGUGCUCACAAACAGCAGCUCUGAGGUUAGUUCAGCAGCUCUUGCGUAUGGUUGAAGGAGCCCUUAAACACUGGUCUUGGAUCAGAAUUUGAACCCUUGUAGGUAUUUGAAUGUUGGGCAUAAACUGGCUUUAGCAUUUAGAAAGCCGGGCUGGGAUUGUGAUUGGCUGCAACUUACCAGGAAAGGGCUGGGCCGAGCAUUUGAUUGGCCCUCAGUCUGUCCUUCCAUAUUCUACCAUCUCAAGUACCAUUGCUCCAGCCUAUUUAUCUGUAGCUUUAUUAGCGAUAUGCCCGUAGCGUCACAGACCCAGAGGUGCUAACAGCCUGCCAGCUAGCCGCCAUUCUCAGAGCUGUGUGUGUUAACCAGGAAAGCCAUUAGGAGUUAGCUUGAGCUUUACCCCCCUGAAAUUUAGCCAGCCGCCAGCCAGAGCAAUGCUGAAGCUGUAGUUUCUCCUUCCACCUAGUCUGUGAAUCGAUACGUUUUAAGACUGUUCUCUUUUUCUCCCCCUCUGCCCAUAAUUAUCUGUAAUUACCUUUUGCUCUGGCUGCUCCUCUCUUGCUUUCGAUCCAUCCCCUCUCUCUUUCUCUGUCUCUGUCUCUCUCUCUCUCUCUCUCUCUCUCUCUCUUAAAAGGUGCUUUAUUGACAUGUAAUCAGAGCAGUAGCAAGUCUGUGGUCUCACUCAGAUGGACAUGUUCUCUGGGGACUUGAACUAAUGUUCACUAACCAAACAAGCCUUUGACAGAACACAACUCAACAGAACAGGGCAUUCUGACACAUGUAACACCCCCUGACCCUGACUCCUGAACCCCUUUAUCCCCAACCCGAAAAACAAAGUUAAGGUACAGCCCAAUACAUACCCUGAUGAUCCAAAGAAGUCACCCUGACCUGCAAGAUUAAUGUGUGACAUGUCUGCUUUUGUCGGGAGGGGUGUGGGGGAAGAUUGGGUGGGAAAGGGGGGGCUGUAGUUUAACCCCACCGCUCAGCUCUGAUUGGCAACCUGUAACGUACCUCAGGGAUAAGGCCUUACAGAGGGGAGAUCUAAUCCUGUCAUCCUCAUCGCUGUCGUCAUCAUCAUCAUCAUCAUCAUCAUCACCAUCAUCAUCAUCAUCAUCAUCAUCAUCAUAAUAGCUUCUCUUCCUCUUCCUCUGUUUCUCUGUCUUCCUCCCUCUCUUUUAUCUUUUCUUUAAUUUUUUGAUGCUGUAUCUUGUCCCCUGUCUAUGCUGUGCCUUGCUCCUGUACGUGUCAGUAAGCAAAGUGGUUUACUAGCUCAAAAUACCUUUGCCAAAGUUGAUGGGAAAGUUAAGGUAGAGUUCUUUUCUAGGUUUUAUUUAUACUAUAUAUUUGCAUACAGUACUUUACAUGCCAAUUACAGUGCAAUCUUCAUUUAUUUAUUGUUUAAAGAUUAAGAGACAAGUGUAGUUAUAUACUAAUUUUUUUCCUUGUAGCAUGUUUUUUUUUUCUUUUUAGUUUUUUUUUAAUGGAUGUAUGUUAGAUUGUAUGAUUAAGGCCAGCAUUCCUUAUCUCAGUAACCCUUUAAGUAUUUCUUUUACAGCUGUUGGGAACCUGUAGCUCAUCAGUCCAUGCAUUGCAGUUAUCAUUGCCGUUUCAAACGUGUAACCAAAUGCCUAUGUGUUUUGUGUUUUUUUUCCAUCUCCUGCUUCAGCCGUGCACAGCUGAGCAGUUCUUGUAAUGCUUAGAGAGAUAUGUAGCAAAGCCAGGCCCUAGGGUCAGUUCAAAGUCAUCUUUAUUGGGAUAAACGUCGCUGCCUUUGGCUUUUAGUGUUAUAAUGAAGCUUCUGAUAUCUUUUUACUGUUUUAUUGCCAAAGUGCAGUCUUCUCGUGUCCACUAGAUGUUGCGGUUGCAGCCGUCUAAAGGGUUCUGUGAUGUUCUUCUGUAACGACACAUCAUUACGAUUAUUAUUAUUGUUAUUAUUAUUCUCUCAAAAGGAAAAAAAACAUUAACUUGAUCUGUGAUUAUGCUUCUUUUCAUAUUAUCUUUUAUUAUUUUGUUUUGUAAAGCAAAAGGUGCCAUUUUGAAAUGUAUAGCCCCUUUUGGAGGAGAGUAACACAACCUGAUUUCACACAGAAAGGUUAAAAAGGCAAAAACAAUCAUACGAUGAUUUCAGGCAGAUGACGACAAUAAUAAUAUUGACGAUUCCUUGUUCAGGCUAGUGCUGGUAUAGCAGUAGUGAGUAUUUUGUAUCCAGUAUUUUGCUAAGAGAUGAUAUACAGAGAUAUCUAUAGAGCUAUAGAAUGAGAUGGUAACACAUUAUGACUAACAGAGUUGAAGCACUUUUUUAUGCCAAGCAUUAGUCUUGAUGAGGUUAAUUUGAGCGAGAGGAGAUAUAAGGUCCUUCGCUCUGUUCCAAACACUACUGCCAACGCCGUCUGUUACAUUCAUUGGCAUUAUUCUGUUGUUGCCGUCACUGUGACAUUGGCAUUACUGGAGCAUGGUUCUGUGCUUCUCAAAUGACACCCUGCUCCCUGCAGAAUGCAAACUACGGCACCAAAGGAAGUACGGCUCACAGGGAGUACAGUGCCUCUCUCAGACGUGCUCAUGGUGUCUACCUUUUCAAGCCUCAAAGCCCCAGUGGGAGAGCAGAGGUUCGCCUUGGUCAAGCUCAGACCGGUCAUGUUAGUGUUGUAUAGUCCGAGGUUAACACAGUGUUAACUGAAAGACUGUGGGAUUGUGGGCAGGGUACUCCCUUAAUGUGCUUUGUUGUUUUUGUUUUGUUAUUUUCAAAUGCUGUUGAUUUUAUAGACACCCCGCCCUUCCCACCCACCCAUCCUGCAGGUCCUGCACAUUUGGCAGGUAUGUCAAGAAUGAGAGACAAUUUUUUGCCCAGCAACCCCACGUCUGUGCCUUCUGAUCAGUUUAUUUUCUUCUUUUAAUUUUUUUUGUUAUUUUUUGUACGUUUUACAGUAAGUAGAGAUUUUGACUGAGAAUUUGGCGAUUUGACAAACAUACAGAGACUCACAGGUAUUUAACUAUUUUUUAAGCGAGACAAAAAAGAAACAUAUUUUUACCUCACGAUUUAAAAACAAACAUUCCAAUGUUGUCAUGGUCUACGAAUUGAAAAAAAAAAGAAAUUCAUGCAUUUCUUCUUGUAUUGUAAAUGUUAGACAAUUUCAUAUGCAUUAUAUAAAAGAAACUGCCAUAUCAAUUUUAAUGUAUAGAUUUUUGCAAAUACUACCCUAUGUAUGUAAGACGUAACUGUAUCGGUAGCGUAUAUAUAAUAUAUUUAUGCCCAAUAAAUGUUUUGAUUUUUUUUCUGA